AUGGCGACCUCAAGCAUCAAGACCAUGCCAAUUAUGGCAAUACCGAAUUUCGCCAUUUGCCACAAGCUCGAGCUCCUCAAGGAAGACAAAAGCCACGACCUGAAGCGUCAAGAAGGAGUAGUAGUAGAUGAAGAAGGGCUAAGCUACGAGUUCCGAGAGAUGUUGGAUUCUCUUCCAAAGGAGAGAGGUUGGAGAACUCGUUACCUUUACCUUUUCCAAGGGUUUUGGUGCCAAUCCAAGGAGAUUCAUGCUAUCAUGUCCUUCCAGAAACAUUUCCAGUGUCUCCAAGACGAUGUCGUUCUGGCCACCAUACCUAAAUCCGGUACAACUUGGUUAAAAGCUUUGACUUUUACCCUCCUUAACCGACACCGGUUUGAUCCGGUUUCCUCAACCACCGACCAUCCUCUUCUCACGUCCAACCCUCAUGACCUCGUACCUUUCUUCGAAUACAAGCUUUACGCUAACGGAGAUGUUCCCGAUCUCUCCGGUCUAGCCUGUCCAAGAUCAUUCGCAACUCACGUCCCUUUCGGUUCCUUGAAGGAUUCGAUCGACAAACCCGGUGUGAAGGUCGUGUACUUGUGCCGGAACCCAUUCGACACAUUCAUCUCGUCGUGGCAUUUCAUCAACAGCAUAAAAUCGGAGUCAGUGAGUCCAGUCUCGUUAGAAGAAGGGUUUGAUAUGUAUUGCCGGGGAGUGAUCGGGUUUGGUCCGUUCUGGGAACACAUGUUGGGAUACUGGAAAGAGAGCCUGAAGAGACCAGAGAAGGUCUUGUUCUUACGGUACGAAGAUCUGAAAGAAGACAUCGAGGCUAACUUGAAGAAGCUUGCAAGUUUCUUGGGCGUUCCUUUCACGGAAGAAGAGGAAGGAAAAGGCGUCGUUAAGGCGGUCGCCGAUCUGUGUAGCUUCGAGAAGCUAAAGAUGUUGGAGGUGAACAAGUCAAGCAAAUCGAUCAAGAAUUUUGAGAAUAGGCACUUGUUUAGGAAAGGAGAAGUGAGUGAUUGGGUUAACUAUUUGUCGCCAUCACAAGCAGAGAGAUUGUCAGCCUUAGUGGAUGACAAGUUAGGUGGGUCUGGUCUCACUUUCAGAUAUACGAAAGGAAACAUUCAUGAAGCAACGGGCCACAAUUCAGUUUGUCAAUUUUAA